AUGAGCGGUGAUAGCGAAAAGGAUGGCGGCACCACCCGAUCUCGGGAGGGCGUGCCAUCGUGGAACGGGGAGGCCUCUUCUUUCACAGCAUAUGAAGAGGCCGCCUUGUUGUGGGAGCAAGGCAUGGUCUACAACAAGCGCUACACGGCAGCCCCCCGCCUGAUGGCGGAGCUAUCGGGGGCGGCAAAGCGCUUGGUGGCUGGGAAACCAGCCAGUGAAGUGGCGCAUGUCGGCGGAGUACGCAUUUUGCUGGACUACCUCCGCAAGGCCUUGGGAAAGCCCAGAGUCAACGAGGUAACGGACCUGUUGAGUCGUUACUUCAAGGGGACUCGACGGCGCCAAGGCGAGUCGAUGAACGACUACAUCACUCGGAAGAGCGAAGCCUUCCUUCGAGUGAGCCAGGCUCUGAAGAGAGUGCAGCCCCACUACCAGAGGGGCAAGGCAGUGAUGAUGCCGCAGACCCAAGGCCGCAGGGCCAGUGACGCGUCGAGCUACUGGGGACCAGGAGGAUGGAGCCGUCAGAACACUGAGGCCGAGGACCCUCCGGAGGAUGAUGAUGACGAGGACAACGGGACCCAGGCCGCCGAUGGAGCGGCGACUGACGCGUGGAGCCAGCGGAGACCAUCUUCCUCCUGGGGAUCGUCUUGGGGAUGGAGCUCAAACGCGUGGAGCUGGGAGCGAUCCGGAUGGGAGUGGGGAUAUCCCAACUGGAACUGGACUGGACCGGUGUGGUCCACUACAUCCUGGACAGGCUCUACUUUGACCUCCGCGUGGGACUCCAUCGAGACGAUAGAGGACGAGCACGUGCUCCCGGCGUUCAUCCAGGGCUGGUACCUCUUGAUGGACGCGGCUCUGGACAGCAACGAGAAGAAUCUGGUCCUGACCGCCAUUAGCGGAGACUUCAGCCCGGGCCGAGUGGCCCAAGAACUGAGGAACCAGUUUCCUGAAGGAGACCUUCGGCGGAAAGACAGCCACCGGCGAUCCCACGCCUUCCUCGGGACCCUCGACGAGGACUACGAGUACGAGGAGGCGGACGGCGGCUGGACCGCCGGGGACUAUGGCGCGGAGGAGCUCGACGAGGAUGAGGCCGCGAUGAUGACCGAGCUCGAGCAGGAGACGAACCAGGCCUUCGCCGCGUUCCAGAACGCUCGGCGCACCUUGAAGGAGGCACGCAUGAAGCAACACUCUGUCAAGCUGAACAGACAGAUUAUCGAGGCGGAAGCUACCAAGGUCGAGGCAGUGCCAGCGGAAAUCGACCACCCCCAGACGACAGCCAGAUGGACGAACUGCCCUACCAAGCAGGUGGCGGCCAACACCGAUGAUGGCGCCCAGACCUCGGACUCCACCCACCAGGCUCCCUUCGUGUGUUUCGCAGAGGAUUCGGAUUUCACGGAGAUGGCCCUAUCUACAACGCCCUCAGCCCCUACUACCUCAGAAGCAGUUGCCGCAGGGAUGGCUGUAGUUGAUGGUGGAGCGACCCGAACGCUUGGAAGCGUGGCCGCAGUUGAGGCGCUGUUGCGCCGCAACCGUCAGCUUCAUGGGUCAAGCCGGCUUUGCGACCUUGAUCCUCAGAACCGCCCUGUCUUCGGCUUCGGAAAUUCUUCGGAAAACCAAUGUCUUAGCACAUGCAAGAUCGGAGUCACGGCUGGAGGACAGGCUGGACAAGUCCAGGUCCAUACGCUGGACUGCGGCCAAGGUCCCAUACUGUUGAGCGUGGACGCGCUCAGGUCACUGGGAGCUGUAGUGGAUUUUCGCAACGAUCUCAUGGUGCUGUCGGCGCUCGACAACACCCGCAUCAUACCGCUACAGCGAAGUGCCGCUGGACACCAACUUUUAUCACUGACGAAAGACCUGUUUCAAGAUGCUCAUCGCGCGAGCUCGCCACACGACAUGUUGAGGAACCACCUCGUGAUCCUGUCGGCAGUUUUCCUGGCUCAGAAACAUUCACAGCUUUGCCCGUCUCAGGCAUCCCAGCUCCUCCAUCCGAUCAUGGACCGCCUCAACAAGUCCGAGUUGAUCCUUCACCUUCGGUCUUUGGGCGAGGAGGCGCCGGAGAAUUGGGGAAAGCUGGAACUCCAGCAGCGGAUCAGCGAGCUGGCCGAGGAACAGCCAGCCCUGGCGACUACUACGCUGGGGAAGACCCCGCUGGAGGACCUCAUGAGCAAGAUCAACAAGGCGUCGCGGAAGAAGAGUGUCCUCCGCAGCCUGUUGGAGGACGAGCUCCGGGUGACGGUGGGCGAGAACGACACCAUCGCCGCCAUGCAGCGCAAGGCAACGGUGGCGGCUUUGGACCGCUGCGAGCCACACCCCAACGACUACCUGGGCUUCGGCAAGCACAGCCAGCUCACCAUGAUCGAGACCUACGAGAGGGACCGCGACUACUGCAAGUGGGUGGUUGCGACUGCUGCCGAAGGGGAAGCCAGUCAACGCCUGAAGCGGUUCAGCAAGUGGCUUGUCAAGAUCGAGGAGGAGGCAAAGGCCACCGGCAAGGAACCCGUGUCAGUGCCGAGGCCCAAGAGCCGGACCUCAAAGAUCACCAAAGCGAACACCGAAGCUCAGCCAUCAACCUCGAUGCCAUCUACGAGUCGCGAGCCCGAUCCCCGGGACGAGCUCCUGAUCCAGAUGGCCAACAACCUCCGGGAUCUCCAGGAGGAGGAAGAUCACAGCGAACAAGGAGUGAAGGACUGGGUCAAUGUGGCUAUGAGCCCCGCCGGCGGGGACAUGUCGCCUUCGGCGACUUCGGGAUCUUCCGUGGAAGCUAUGUCAGCUACCACCACAGUUCUCUCAGACACUGCCGCCGGAGCCCUAGAGCACCGAUCGAGCCGAAUCCUUCCCAGGGCCUUUCAUGAAUUGGUAGGACAGGAGAGACCUGACCUGCUUGAGAUAGGAUGUGCCCCGAACAGCAUGCUUACUCAAGUGUUCCAAAAGAAGGGAAGUGAUGUCGAUGCUGCUUCGAGGUGCUGCGUCUGGCACGGAUGCGCCCUGAGUGACAUGAGAACCACUCACGGCCUUCAGCUUGCAGUGGAACAAAUCAGGGGUCUCAAUCCCAAACAUGUGUGGAUCACGGUCCCAGGGUCCCCAUACUCCCCUAUGCAGCGUGCUAACCAGAGAGAUUCCCAACAGGUCCGAGAGUUGAGAGAGAAGAGAGAGGAAGCAAUAGCGACCUAUCACGCCGCGCGAGAAAUCAUGAGAGUGUGUUUACACAUGGGAAUCCACUGUACGGUGGAAAUGAGCGAAAACAGCGAAGCUUGGAGACUCCCCGUGUUCCAGGAGCUGCAACAUGGCAUGGGUUUGAGUGUUGCUACGGUUAAGGGUUGCGCGGUUGGUCUUCAAGGUAGGCAAGGGAAGCUUCUUAUGAAGGGAUGGCGCUUAGUCACCACCCAUCAGCGAUUGGCUUUUGUCAUGCACAAACCCUGUAGAUGCGAUCCUUCCUAUGUUCACGAGAAGGGAAAUGGUUCAGCGGGACGAGAGUCGAUACAGCAUACACCCGAGUUUGCGCGCCUGGUCCACCAAGCUUUGCAGGAGGAGUUCGGUUUUUCAGGGAUCGUCAAGGAGUGUCAGGGUGCUAGUUCGUUGCCGGAGGGAUUCGGUCAAGGGGAGAUUUGUGGGUGUGGGGAUGCUUACCUUCAGAAGCACUCGCUCCACUGCGGAAAUUGCCUCCUCACCCGUGAUGCUGUCCCCUUUUACGAAGACCAAAACACUAGGGACCCCGAACAACCCAAGACAAGCACCCAGGACCAAAGGACAGACGGAACUUCCACAGCGUUGCUUGCUCAAUCCCACGGACCCGAUAGUGAAACACCUGAAGCCAAAGCGAAAGCCUUGAGCCUCAAAGGUACCCUAGGCUACAAAGACCUCGAAGCGUAUCUAGAGGAAAACCCUCCUGGCGGAAAGGCUUCGGGUAGGAACAUGAUCGAUCACACCCAUGGAACCUAUCAUACCUACGGCUCCUAUGCGUUUGGUAACCACUACGGACUGACCCGUCGUACUGUGGACAACCCAGAGUUCGUUAGGAUGAUAAAUCAGUUUCUGGCCCAGCGAGUCCCAAAAGACUACCAAUGGUCGGCCUUCACCCUGAACGCCAACUCGACUGCUCCACUCCACAAGGACAUCAACAACGAUGAAACAUAUCCUAACUGUAGCGUGGGUAUAGGGGAUUAUUCUGGAGGAGAGUUGUGGCUUGAAGGGUCUCGGGAUUCGGAUACGGGGACUCUUGAGAUUAGGAAUAUUGGAGGCGAAAGGGUUUCAGGAAUCAAGGUUGACAUUCACCACAAGCCCUACCUCUUUCAGCCUAAACUGUGGCAUGGCACGUGUGCCUGGAAGGGUCAGAGAUGGGUUCUUACUGCUUAUGUGACUCGGGGUUUGGACAAGUGUUCGAGUUCGGAGCUUCGGAAGCUGCGUGAGUGGGGUUUUCGGGUACCUACGAAACAAAGCCCACAGGCCCUUGCGGUGAAUCCUGUUAGUGAUGGAACCACACAAGAUCCCAGGACCCCAAGGCUCCAAGAUGAACGGAUUCGAAAACAAUUGUAUCUUCUUCACUGCGCAUCUGGUCACGGUAGCAUCAAACAUCUUGUCGAAGCGCUGCAAAGAAGGCGAGCCCCACCCCGAGUGAUCGAACUUGCCAAGGAAUUCUCAUGCCCUGUUUGUGCUGAACGCAGUAAACCCCCUCCGAGAGCUCAAGCCACCUUGGAACCUCUUCCCCCGAAGUUCAGCACUAUCAGUGCUGACGUGGGCCAUUGGGAACACCCCCACAGUAAAGAAGCAGUCCAGUUCAUGCUUGUCAUAGACGAAGGCUCGAGGUUCAGGGUUGCUAGAGUGCUCACUCGCGGAUCGAAGCAACAACCUACUGCGAAUGCCUGCAUCCAGUAUCUUCAAGAGGGAUGGGGACAGUACUUCGGUCACCCCAGAGCCCUCCGUGUGGAUCCAGCGGGAUCGUUCCGCUCGCGAGCUUUCUUCGAUUCCUAUUGCGACAAACAUGGAGUGUACUUAGAUAUUAUUCCUGGCGAAGCCCAUUGGAAGAAUGGGUCGUGUGAGCAGGCCAUUCAAGGGGUCAAGGAGUUGAUGACACGACUCUGCACCUACGACCCCGAGCUUUCCACCGAGAGCGCUUUAGCGGAAGCCACCACUGUCUUCAACCAUCGUGAUUUGGUCCGAGGCUUUUCCCCAGCCCAACAUGUGUUGGGCCGAGGCGCCGACGAGACAGACCGUUUUCUUGAAGCGGGGAAUGGUCUGCCACCAGGCCUUCUAGUGGAGAACCCUGUUGGCGAGUUCCAGCGAGCUACCGAGCGAAGAGCAGAGGCCGAGAAAGCGCACGCCGAGUGGCAUGCGCGCCAAAGGCUCAAUCGAGCCCGAAAUUCCCGGCAUCGACCUUGCUACAACUACGUUCCUGGAGAAUUGGUUUUCUUUUGGCGCUCCCAAGAGUCAGGACAAGGACGACGUCAACCCGGCACGAAACAGGGCCGGUUUUUGGGCCCAGCACGUAUCUUGGCGACGGAAACCCGCCAAUCCAAGGACGGAGAGCUCUCCCCGGGCGGAGCUGUGUGGCUGGUCAGGGGUCGGUCCUUGAUCAAAUGCGCACCAGAGCAGCUGAGACGUGCUACUGAACGAGAGGAGCUCUUGGAAGGGCUAGCUAGCCAACAAGGCCAAGCCACUCCCUGGACGUUUACACGAGUGGCCUCCUCCAUCGGGGGCAACCAGUUCCAGGACCUCUCUGGCGACGUGCCAGACACAACAGAGUGGCGGCGCGCUCAGGACGUCACCGAAGAAGUACCCCCUACGCGCUACAGACAACGGCUCAAACGAGCCCCGCCAGCGGAACCAGAGAUGGAUGAGGAGUGGGACCACCACAUGCAGGGCGUAGAGGCCGCUUCUUCAUCACGAGUCCAGAGACCCCGCAUGGAAGCGAGUUUCACGGAGCAAGUGGAACCAGGCGAGUGCUGGUGGAGUACAAUCCCCUCAGCAGCCUGGCCAAAGGAAGAGAGCAGCUUCUGGACCGACAAAGCAGCCGCCGUCGAGGUGGAAGUGGAGCUCCCGCCGAGCCACCGAGGACUUAUCAAGAUGGCCAACAACUUCGAGGGCUUCUUUGUGGGUCAGCUACGCCGCCAGGCAGUGGAAGUGUCCGAGCGACGCCUAACACCUUCUGAACAGGAGGAGUUUAGAGCGGCAAAGGAGAUUGAGGUCAAGAACUUCAUAUCAGCAGACGCCUUCGAAGCACUACCUGCUCAUCUUCAGCCAAGCCGGGACCAGGCUGUGAAUAUGAGGUGGAUACUUACAUGGAAGCUGAAAGACAAUGGAGAUCGGAAGGCGAAGGCUAGAGCAGUACUGUUAGGGUAUCAAGACCCGAGCUACGAACAUCGCCGCACAGCCGCUCCUGUCAUGACCAGACAGUCACGCCAAAUGCACCUGCAGAUGGCUGCGUGGAAGCGCUGGAAACUUCGAAAGGGCGACGUGAGCGGCGCCUUUCUUCAAGGACGAGCAUACCCAGACACCUUAUUCUGCAUCCCCACCAAGGAAAUCUGCCAAGCUAUGAACAUUCCCGAACAGAGCGUCACUAGACUCAAGCGUGCAGUGUACGGACUAGUGGACGCCCCACUAGAGUGGUACAGAACAGUGAACACCUUCUUUGAGAGCAUAGGCCUCGAACGUUUGGCCUCUGACUCUUGUGUGUGGUGCUACCGAAGUGGCGGCGAGCUAAAAGGAAUGAUUUCGGCUCAUGUUGACGAUUUCAUUUUUGGAGGGCAGGAAAGUGACAGCGGAUGGCAGUCUGUGCUGCAGCAGAUUAGAGAACAGUUUCGCUGGGGUGACUGGGAAGAAGAUAGUUUUACGCAAUGUGGGGUUCUCGUCGAAACCACGAACCAGGGUAUAGAGUUGUCUCAACCAAAAUACCUUGAGAACUUGAGUGAGAUUGGAGUGAGUGCCUCGCGACGGAAGGACCGCAGUGGAAAGACCACUGAGAGAGAGCGCACGCAGCUGCGGGCGUUACUGGGAGGGCUGAGUUGGCACGCCCAACAAGUCUCCCCGCACCUUAGUGCAGAUGUUAGUUUGCUCCUUUCCGAGGUCAGUGACAGCACCGUUGACACUAUCAUUCGCGCUAACAUCUUGCUCUCCCAUGCUAAGGCACGAUCGGAGCACAAGUUGCUGAUCCAUGCCUUCGAUCCAGAGACUCCUCUGGGACUAGUGGCAUGGGUGGACGCGGCUUCUCAGAGCCGCAAGAGUGGAGGCAGCACCCAGGGCAUUGUCAUAGGUAUGGCACCACUGAGCCUACUCGACGGUGAUGUUUGUGGAGUGUCCUUGAUGUCAUGGCAUUCGUCUAAGAUCGACCGAGUGUGCAGGAGCCCUGGUGCCUCAGAAGCUUUGGCAGCGAUCAACGGCGAAGACAACUUGUACUACGCGCGGUACCAGUGGGCCGAACUACUUUAUGGAUGCCAUGACCUACGCCGUCCCGAUGAGCUGGUGAACAAGACAUCAGGCUGCCUUGUCACAGACAGCCGGAACGUCUACGACAAGAUGACCUCCGAGGUCGUCGUGGUGAAGGGUGCUGAGAAACGGACCAGCAUAGAACUGCUGGGAUUGAAAGAAGCGCAAAGGCGCACCAAUGUGAUCAUCCGCUGGGUCCACUCAGAGGCCCAGCUUGCGAAUAGUCUGACGAAAGAGAAUGGGCUACGAGAACUGGAACUCUACUACAAGAUGCGACAGCACUGGCGCAUCGUGGAGGACGAGCGGAUGCUUUCCGCACGUCGACGGCGAGAGCUUGGGCUACAACCGCUGUCACAGGCUACCUCUGAAGAUGCUGAUAAAGAUUCUUGA